AUGCCAAAUGCAAUACAGUACGCGGGAGUGAAAAGCUAUCGCCCAACGUGGGGCUCGAACCCACGACCCUGAGAUUAAGAGUCUCAUGCUCUACCGACUGAGCUAGCCGGGCCUGAGUUUGUACCCUCCGAACAGUGACUCCCAGAGGCCAUCUGCAGUUAUUUCUUCUUCUUAUGCCCUUUAUAGGUAACGUGCACGUUUUUCACUUUUAAUACAUUUUUUUUAUACAACUUUUUAUUCAACCUACAAUAUUUGCAUGUUUUUUUUUCAGAUAAUCAAUUUUACAAGAGUCAGGGGCAGAAUUAAUUUUCUCUCAACUUUGUGCAAACCCAGGAAGCCUGUAGCCACUUAUCUAAAUAAGUGUAUACACAGCAAUAUAUACAGUUGAAUGUACAUACAGCAGAAUGGCCUUAUGCGGUUACUCUUGCCAGUAACCGCAUAAGUCAGCCGCAUUAAUAUAGCAUUUAUAAUUAUUUUGUUCAUGAAAAACAUCAACCUCCGCCCAACGUGGGGCUCGAACCCACGACCCUGAGAUUAAGAGUCUCAUGCUCUACCGACUGAGCUAGCCGGGCAGCUAUAACGUUUAAGGACCGCUGCACAGUUAUAUACAAUCAACGAUUUUGCAACAAUCAAGAUUUAGAAAACUUAGAAAUAUCUUGUGCUUUCAGAUUCCAAGAACUUGAAAACAAAUAAUUAAUCAGGUCUUUAAACAGUUAUUACAAAAUAUUAAAGGCCUAAAAUAAUUAAUAUUAUAUUACCUAAACUCAGGGCAAUGAACAAAUUAUUAAUUGCUGUUAUGUUUGACACUGGUUCAAAAUGAAAAAAGCAGCACAGGUUUAACUGUUUAAACCCUUUUUGCAUGAACAAGAAAUUAUACCAUACCUGACAAUUACAUACACCAGGGGAUAUACUUUAUUGUUGCUGUUAGUUUACAUCCAAAAUAGUCAAUUUGUGUGUGUGUGUGUGAGAUGUCCUCACAGCAUUUGGCUUUUCUCCACAAAAACAUCAUUUUGUGUGUGUGUGUGUAUGUGUGAAUUGAUAGGAAGGUCAUUUGUAUUUCCAGAGAAGCUUCCAUUUCUCCUUCCACUGAUGCCUGCAUAAGCGUCUGUCAUAAAAGCAUGCAUUUUGCCAUUUUUCACAAAACAGUAAGAGAUUCAGUCACUUUCUUGCCAUGAGAGAGAGAGAGAGAGAGAGAGAGAGAUGUUAUCAGUAGGAUUCAUGCAAUGACUUGCCCAGUGAGUUGACACGCCUUCACAUGUGAAAGGUUCAACCUGAGGAAUUGGGAGAAAGAGAGAAAGAAAACACACUAGGAUCAUUUCUUCUGGAUUAUUCAUUACACUUACUUCCAUGAAGCAAGAUGGCUGCCUUAAACAUUUCCAGCUUCAUCAACAACACUUCUCAAUACCAAUGCAAGUUCAAUGAGGACUUCAAGUACAUCUUACUUCCUGUCAGCUAUGGAUUGGUGUUUAUAGUUGGCUUGGUGCUCAAUGUCAUUGCGCUGUAUUGCAUUUUGUUCCGGGUCAAACAAUGGAGUCCGAACACUAUCUAUAUGAUCAACCUGACUGUGUGUGACACACUCUACAUCCUCACAUUACCGUUCCUGAUCUACUACUAUGCUGACAAAAAUGACUGGCCUUUCACUGAAGGUUUCUGCAAACUUAUACGCUUUCUUUUCUAUACCAAUCUGUAUGGUAGCAUCCUUUUUCUCAGCUGCAUCAGCAUCCACCGCUUCCUUGGAAUUUGCCACCCGGUCCGAUCGAUGCAGUGGGUUAACGCCCGCCGUGCCCGUUCGGUCUCGAUCCUCGUUUGGGUAAUUGUUCUUAUCUUCCAGGCACCAAUGCUCUACUUUUCCCGAACCACCAAUCAAGUCUGCCAUGAUACCACAUCCCAAGACCUGUUUCAUUACUUUGUGGGCUACAGCUCAGCCAUUUCAGUCAUUUUGUUUGUGAUACCCUUUGCAACAGUGUUAGUCUGCAAUGGGAUGAUGGUGCGAAAACUUCUAGAGCCCACCACUAUUGGAGGUGCCACGUCUCGGCGUUCCAAGCAAAAGUCAGUGAAGAUGAUCGUCAUAGUGCUGUUGGUCUUCAUACUCUGCUUUCUGCCUUUCCACCUCACACGGAGUCUGUAUUACAGUUUCCGAUACUUCAAAGUGAACUGUACACUGUUGGAAGGUUCUAACAUAGCUUACAAGGUCACAAGGCCACUAGCCAGUGCAAACAGCUGUAUCGACCCCAUCCUCUACUUCAUGGCAGGACAGGGUUUUCGACAAAGCGUAAGCAAGAAAUACAAGCAAUCUCAGAGACAGGGGGACAGCAAAUGCCUCUCAACCCCUUUAUGAACGAAUUAUUCGGAAUCUAAAGGACAAACAUGUGCAAUGGAUUAAAGAAAGUUAUAGAUUGCAUAGAAAUGCUUUCAUGACUGCAGGCUAAAUGGAUGCAUCCUUGGUUGAACUUGGGUGUCUCCAAACUGUCAAUAACAUUAUAAAGUAUUAGGCGUAGGCACAAUUAAACAUCAAAAACAGGCUUUUAAAUAUCAGGUCACAAAUGAGGAUAGGAUAGAAACACUUACCAAAAUAAACUAAUCUGUAGCUCUGUACAACACAUGGAGACAAGAUACAAUGAAAUGAGAACAAUUUAAAUUUAUUUCCAAUAUUCUCUGGUUUAGAUUUUUCUUAUUAAAAUAAGAAGAAGUAAUAUUUUGGAUAUUAUUUAAAAGCUAAAUCCAUAUGAGAGUACUAAACAUCUCUAGAGAAGCCACAAAGCACUUUUUGUAAUUUCAACAAAAGUCUGUUGUUGAGAGCCACUGUGUUUAUGCUCAUGAGUUCUAUUCUCGGACUGUAUAUUUUCACAUUCAUAAAAUGCUUUGGAUAAAUGCAAUCUUAAAUAUGUAAAUAAUGAAAUGUAUUAAAAUGCUUAAACAGCAAGCUUGGGAUAUGUUGAGCUUGUCUGCAGAUAAGACUGGAAACAAACAGGUGAAAGAAGUUUAUUUUGUUAUUAAGGGUGUAGGGAGUAUGGAAGUGUUUCAGGGAUAUGGACAAAUCCUUUGGAUCACUAUUACUAAAUGGAUUACCAGGAUUUAAAAAAAAAAAAAAAAGUUUUU